AUUUUACUAUAUUUUAAUAAUAAUAAUUAAAAUAUAACUAACCAGAUCGAAGCAGUUGACGACGACUCUCAAAACCACUCUGACUUCUUAGGGUUCCGAUCAACCACCAAUGGCGGGUCGUAGAGAUGCGUUACUCACCAGAGAUAAAAACCAUCCCAUCACCACAUCUCGAAUUGCCGUCGCCGUUUUCGUCGGUGUUCUUCUUGGCUGCAUCUUCGCUUUCUUCUCACCACAUGGAUUCUUCACUUCCAUUCCAACUCCUCCAAUUCUCAAUAACAAGAUGACUUUGUCUGCUUGUGAAUCGCCGGAACAACUUAAUGCGUUGAAAUUGAAUAUUCAAUCAGCUAAAGAGAAGAAUUCUGACUUGAAGAAGGAGGUGAAAAGUCUAAUGGAAAGGUUGCGUUUGGCGGAGCAAGGAAAGGGUCAUGCAAGGGAACAAUUUGUUGUGCUUGGUGAGAAUCACAAGGCUGGUCCUUUUGGUACUGUCAAGGCUCUCAGAACAAACCCUCCUGUUAUUCCUGAUGAAUCGGUGAAUCCUAGAUUGGCGAAACUCUUGGAGGAAGUUGCUAUUUAUAAAGAGGUUGUUGUUGUUCUGGCUAAUACUAAUGUGUUGGAGAUGUUGCAAGUAUGGUUCACCAAUAUCAAGAGGGUUGGCAUUCUUAACUAUUUGGUUGUUGCAUUAGAUGACAGAAUCGAAGAGUUUUGUAAGUCGAAUGAUGUUCCUGUCUAUAGAAGAGACCCGGAUCAAGGCGUUGAUUCGAUUGCCAAGUCGGGUGGGAACCAUGCUGUUUCAGGAUUGAAAUUUCGCAUUUUGAGAGAGUUUCUGCAAUUGGGUUACGGUGUUCUCCUCUCGGAUGUCGAUAUUGUGUAUUUGCAGAACCCCUUUGAUUAUAUUUAUAGGGAUUCAGAUGUGGAGUCAAUGUCGGAUGGUCAUAAUAAUCAUACGGCUUAUGGAUAUAACGAUGUCUUUGACGAACCUUCUAUGGGUUGGGCUAGAUAUGCUCAUACCAUGAGAAUAUGGGUUUAUAACUCUGGCUUUUUUUACAUAAGACCUACACUUCCUUCAAUUGAGCUUUUAGAUCGCGUUGCCGACCGGCUUUCUAAAGAGAAAGCAUGGGAUCAGGCAGUUUUUAACGAAGAGCUCUUUUUCCCUUCACAUCCUGGUUAUGAUGGACUUCAUGCUGCAAAGAGAACAAUGGAUAUGUACCUUUUUAUGAACAGUAAAGUUCUGUUCAAAACUGUGAGAAAAAAUGCUAAACUCAAGAAGUUGAAGCCGGUGAUUGUACAUGUUAACUAUCAUCCUGAUAAACUUGUAAGGAUGAAGGCUGUAGUUGAGUUCUAUGUCAACGGGAAACAAGAUGCGCUCGACAGUUUUCCAGAUGGUUCGGAUUAGAGCAGGAAAUCAAAAUCAACACAGAUUGGUAUGCGCUAACUGUUGUGAUACAGUGGAAGUCUUUUUAAUUUAUCUCUAAGGAUCAAUUUCUUCACAUUGUACUUUCUGUUAUACAGUAUGUCAUAUUUGAUUGUUAGACUAGUUUCUGUAAUCUAUCAUCUUAGCUUUGUAUAUGUCUUCUUGUAUUGUGUAUGUAAUUGAAAUUCAAUGUCUCUGCAACAAAAUUGGGUUUUUUCUUGGCUAAUUGGUCUUAUCUUUUGAUACA